GUCCCAUGGUGAAGAGAGACUGCCACAGCACCCCCAAUGGCUGCCAGGAUGUCAGUGCUCCAAGGCAAGGCUAUUUCUAACUGAGCAGAACCUGCCCGGAGGAGUCUGUAUCCCACACCACUGUGCAGGUGUGCCAGGGUAACAGAGCCACCCACAGCGUCCUGUUGAGCGCCGUUCUCACCAGCACCUCCCAACCCACCAGUGCUCCUCCAGGAACAAACCAUCAUGUCUCGCCAGUCAAGUGUGUCCUUCCGAAGUGGGGGCAGCCGCUCCUUCAGCGCCGCCUCUGCCAUCACCCCGUCUGUCUCCCGCACCAGUUUCAGCUCCGUGUCCCGCAGUGGUGGUGGUGGUGGUGGUGGCAGGGUCAGCCUUGGGGGUACUUAUGGAGCGGGUGGCUAUGGCAGCCGGAGCCUGUACAAUGUGGGGGCCUCCAAGAGGAUAUCCUUCAGCUCCAGCGGUGGCAGCCUCAGGAACCGAUUUGGUCCCGGUGCUGGACCCAUGUUUGGCUUUGGAGGAGGAGCCAGCAGUGGAUUUGGCUUUGGUGGUGGAGCUGGUGGUGCCUUUGGGUUCGGUGGUGGAGCUGGCUUCGGUGGUGGCUAUGGGGGCGCUGGCUUCCCCGUGUGCCCACCUGGAGGCAUCCAAGAGGUCACCAUCAACCAGAACCUCCUCACUCCUCUGAACCUGCAAAUCGACCCCACCAUCCAGCGGGUGCGGACUGAGGAGCGAGAGCAGAUCAAGACCCUCAACAACAAGUUCGCCUCCUUCAUCGACAAGGUGCGGUUCUUGGAGCAGCAGAACAAGGUCCUGGACACCAAGUGGACCCUGCUGCAGGAGCAGGGCACCAAGACUGUGAGGCAGAACCUGGAGCCGUUGUUCGAGCAGUACAUCAGCAACCUCCGCAGGCAGCUGGAUGGGGUCCUGGGAGAGAGAGGCCGUCUGGACUCAGAGCUGAGGAACAUGCAGGACCUGGUGGAGGACUUCAAGAACAAGUAUGAAGAUGAAAUCAACAAACGUACCACUGCUGAGAAUGAGUUUGUGAUGCUCAAAAAGGAUGUGGAUGCUGCCUACAUGAACAAGGUGGAGCUAGAGGCCAAGGUUGAUGCACUGAUGGAUGAGAUCAACUUCAUGAAAAUGUUCUUUGAUGCGGAGCUGUCCCAGAUGCAGACACAUGUCUCAGACACAUCUGUAGUCCUCUCUAUGGACAACAACCGCAGCCUGGACCUGGACAGCAUCAUAGCUGAGGUCAAAGCACAGUAUGAGGAUAUCGCCAACCGCAGUCGGACGGAAGCUGAGUCCUGGUACCAAACUAAGUACGAGGAGCUGCAGCAGACCGCUGGCAGGCAUGGUGACGACCUGAGAAACACCAAGCAUGAGAUCUCAGAGAUGAACCGCAUGAUCCAGAGGCUGAGAUCUGAGAUUGACAAUGUCAAGAAGCAGUGCGCCAACCUACAGAAUGCCAUUGCUGAUGCUGAGCAGCGUGGAGAGUUGGCCCUUAAGGAUGCCAGAAAUAAGCUGACUGAGCUGGAGGAGGCCCUGCAGAAGGCCAAGCAGGACAUGGCCCGGCUGCUCCGCGAGUACCAGGAGCUCAUGAACACCAAGUUGUCCCUGGACGUGGAGAUCGCCACCUACCGCAAGCUGCUGGAGGGCGAGGAGUGCAGACUGAGUGGAGAAGGAGUUGGACCAGUCAACAUCUCUGUCGUCACAAACAGUGUCUCUUCUGGCUACGGAGGAGGCAGCCUUGGCUUGGCCGGUGGCAGUGGCUUUGGCAGUGGUCUUGGUGGAGGUGGUGGUAGCAGCUACUAUUCCACCAACAGUGGAGGUGUCGGUUUGGGUGGUGGGCUCAGUGUGGGGGGCUCUGGCUUCAGUGCAAGCAGUGGCCGGGGCAUGGGUGGGGGCUUUGGCAGCGCCGGGGGCAGUAGCUCCAGCGUCAAAUUUGUCUCCACCACCUCUUCCUCCCGGAGGAGCUUCAAGAGCUAAGGAGUGCCUGCAAGUCCCUGGCCCCCAUGGGCAGCCCUUUUCCAGGCAGCCUCCAGGCCCUUUUCUUUUUUCUGGAGGGUAGUCUAGACCACGCCUACUGCAAAACCAUGCACUUUGGUUCCUGGGAGGACUGAAAUCCAAACCUCUGGCCUCCAAAGUCACAGUUUUAUAUUCUGAUGUAAAUCAGUCUUGAGGUCCCUAAAGCUGGUCUUGGAUGACACAAGCACCCAAAGUUUUCUGGAAUGUAAGUCAUCAAAGCAGAGUUCCUACCCUCGCACCCACCCCAAUUUUGUCCUGGUUCUGACUCCCUCCAGAGUAUGUUCAA